AUGCCUCCACCUGCGUCCUCUUCAAGUACAGCUCGAGGAGACCCAUCGAGCCCGGAUUUACCCACAGCCCUUCUCUUUACAACUGGCUACGCGCGGAUUCUCGAUCUUUACACCACCGUCUCAACACAAGUAUCGCAUUUCGUCCACGCACUGUCAGUACAAUCGAUGGCCGGGGGCCCCGACUAUCGCCAACAAAUACACCCCGUUAUCCCGCCCUUGCAGUGGGGUGGGUUCCGGCCAGCCAACUACGGUACGCUGCAGAUCUUAAUGGCAAUCCAGGUGAAAUCCUACCUGCUCACGGAGGUGGAACGGGCCCUGGGUGUUGAUGAGUGGGAACGCGAGGUGACGCAGGAGCGAUCCCGGUCUGAAGAGAGGGGCCGUCACUCGUCCUGUUCGGGCGGCGAGAAGGGGAGAUCUUACUCGUCUGGUCCGAAGCAUGCACCGUCUCGUCCGGCUAACCGGGCCGGGGCUGGGAGGGGAUUGCUCAGUGCUGCAAUGAUUGAGAUUGUGGUCCAGGGGGAGGGACCGGGGAACCGCUGGGGAAAGGUUGGGCAGUUGACAUGUGUCUCCUGCGCGUCCGUAACAUCCAGCCGGGUGGGAUCUGCGCCUGCGUCGAGCAGGAUGCGUGCGAUCUGGACCUGGUUGUACUGUGCUGCGAGAUGCAGCGGUGUCAUACACAUGACGGAAUAUGCAUUAGGACCUUUUUCCUCCACGCUGAAGCCUCGGUCGAUUAAACGCAGCACGAUCCCGGGAUGA